AUGCCCUCCCCAAUCCCCCGCCUCCUCCCACCAAUCUUCUCAAUCUUCGACUCAGGCCUCGCCGAAACAGCAAACAACCCCCUCUUCUACCUCUCCCACGACGCCGAACCCUCCGAGACAGACAACGCAAUCGGCAUCAACAUCCACGCAGGCCCCUUCUCCACCGCGCCCAUCAUCGCGCAUCUCACCCACCGCCUCUCUCCCCUCCCUUCGCGCCCCCGCCGCCGUGAAAGCAACUCCAGCGACACCCCCAAGAUCCUCCUCCACGAAGACCGCGGUCGACAAGGGAACGCUCUGGGCUUCCGCUCCCUUUUCAGCCGUAUCAUCCGCGGGAGAGGGUAUCAGGGCCUAUGGCGCUUCACGAUGCGUCUUCGGGAUCCUUGUUGGGCGGAGAUGACGACCGAUCGGAAACGCACGCCCGACGAGACUCGCAUCCUGAGAGCUCCACGACAGUCGUAUCUCGGAAGGGGAGGCUAUGCCAAAGUAGACGAAGAGUUAGUCGCCAUGAUAUCAAUUGACCCCUCGCGACCGUACCUUGGAACAGGAUUCCGAUUCCUCAACUCCGCUGCCAUUCCCCCUAACGCAAAAGAGACUCCCUUCUUGAACGACGACUUCGCGUUGGUGGCGAUCAUGUCCGGUAUUGGUAUCAUCAUGGGCGAGAACGAAACGUUAGGCGGCGUGCUGACGGCUGAGGAAAUACAAGCUUCACAGAGACCUCAUCUCAAGCGCGCCGCAUUAGUAGAGAAGCACGCCCGCGAGGCAAAGGACUGGCUCGCUACCAUGGACCUCCUUGACGACAAUGACCGUGACGACGAGCCACCUCAUAUACGAAGGGCUGAAAGAAUAGCUCCAUGGAGGGACCUCCACGGGUCAAGAGGAACGGUCACACGGGGAAAAGAAGGAACAGGAAUGGGAGAAGAGGCCUGCCGUGUACGUGCCGAGGAAGAGGGAGAGAACCGCGAAUGCGUCUGCGGCGACGAGACGGACUACGCCGCUGCGGUCUUCACAGAGGAGCUCGUAUGGGGACCGAGACCCGACGAGUCGGAGCGUUAUCUUGGCACAAGGAGGAACGCAAAUUGA